CGCGCCGCCCCGCCGGCCAUGUCGCGGGGCUCCCGCCUGGCGCUGGCCGUCUCCGCGCUGCUCUCCGCCGCCAUCGUGGCGGCCGUGCACAUCCAGCAGCGCCGGGAGCUGGAGAGGCUGAGGAGUGGCGUGGUCAGAGAUCUGGAGCGUCAGAAGCAGAAGAAGGAGAACAUUCGCCUGCUGGAAGAGCAGAUCGCUCUGACAAAGCGGCUCAUUGAGGAGAGAGACAAGGCGCUGAUGGAAAAGCGUUCCCAGCAGCCCUAGGCACUGGCCUAGCUCCUUAGAGGUUUGAUUAAAGACGUUUGGAGGUCGUUUGCAUCUCACUCCUUGCAGGUGUUGUAACAAACAGAGGUAACCUGUGAAAGACUGCUUAUUUUGUAUAAAUUAUAAUCCAGCCCCUGCAGCUUUGGGGCAGACACAAACCCCUUUGGUCU